AUGGGCUCAGAUCCUCAGUUCGCAAAAUACCCUGACCUCACUCUCGCCCAACACAUCUUUUCUCUUGCAGCCAGCCCGCGAACCUCACAACCGACCUCCUUAAACUACCUUCAAAAUGCAAUUAAAGAGCACAAAAUGGCGCCCUUAUAUCGGCAUCUGGCUCAUCCCACUGAAGGAGUAUUGAAUGCCGUCGGAGAAAGCGCCGUUCAACCACUGAAUCCGCCACCAAAGGCCCCUGUCAGAAGAGCAUCACUGGUCUCUAGUAACCUAUUACCGCCUAAGAAGCUUGUACCUUUGGACAUCUUAGCUUGGGACGAAUCGCUUUAUGAGCAGCUCAAGGCAGAUAACGACAAAGAGUUGGAAGAAUUUCAGAAGGAGGAAGAAGAAGCGGAAGAGAAGGCUGGCGAAACCGAAAUCCAGGCAGCUCGAAGCAAACGUGCUGAAUUCUGGGCGCGAGUUGGCGACAAGGACAAGGCAAUCACAGCAUACGAAAAAGUCUUCGACAAGACGGGCCUGCUCGGAACCAAGAUCGACAUCGUCCUUGCCAUCAUUCGAAUCGGUCUUUUCUUCAAUGACAAAGCAUUUGUGAAAAAACAAGUCGAACGUGCAAAUAUCUUGGUAGAAAGCGGCGGUGACUGGGACCGAAGAAAUCGAUUAAAGGCGUACAAAGGCCUGCACCUUCUCACUGUUCGCUCCUACAACCUCGCCGCGCCUCUUCUGCUUGACAGUCUCUCCACCUUCACGAGCUAUGAACUCUGCAGCUACUCUGCCCUGGUCGUGUACGCGGUCCUUGCAGGCUCCUUAUCCCUGAAACGAGUCGACUUCAAAGCCAAGGUGGUCGACGCCCCCGAGAUAAAGGCCAUCCUAGGUGACGGCGAGGGGAAGGCACCAGGUGCAGACGAAGAGAUGAAAGACGUGUCCGCAUCAACGGCUGAGCGUGCGCCGGGCCUGGUCAAUCUGACCACUCUGGGAUCCGGCUCCGCUUCGGAGUCCCAGACCGAAACACCCAUGGACUUUUCUUCGUUAGCUGGACUGGUGACAAGCUUGUACAAUGGCAACUAUCGCAAUUUUUUCCUGGCAUUGGCUUCGGUGGAGGAGAAUUUCUUGACUCAGGAUCGAUACCUGUAUGAGCAUCGUGCCUGGUUUGUCCGCGAGAUGCGUCUGCGAGGCUACCAGCAGCUACUCCAGUCAUAUCGCGUGGUGGGCCUGGCAACUAUGGCCCAGGCUUUUGGUGUCAGUGUGGACUUCUUGGACAAAGAUCUGGCCAAAUUCAUCGCUGGCGGUCGGGUCAGUUGCACAAUCGAUCGGGUGCAGGGAGUGAUCGAGACGACACGUCCUGAUGAUAAGAAUAAGCAAUAUGCCGAUGUGGUCAAACAGGGUGAUGCAUUGAUCACCAAGCUGCAGAAAUAUGGGCAGGCAGUGAGAUUACGGGGUAGUGAAAGAGCCUAG